GCAGGGGCAGCCACCAUGGAGUUCCGUCAGGAGGAGUUUCGGAAGCUAGCGGGUCGUGCCCUCGGGAGGCUGCACCGGCUUCUGGAGAAGCGACAGGAAGGUGCAGAGACGCUAGAGCUGAGUGCCGACGGGCGCCCAGUGACGACGCAGACCCGGGACCCGCCUGUAGUGGACUGCACCUGUUUCGGUCUCCCUCGUCGCUACAUUAUCGCCAUCAUGAGCGGUCUGGGCUUCUGCAUCAGCUUUGGUAUCCGCUGCAACCUGGGCGUGGCCAUCGUCUCCAUGGUCAACAACAGCACGACCCACCGCGGGGGCCACGUGGUGGUGCAGAAAGCUCAAUUUAACUGGGAUCCAGAGACUGUUGGCCUCAUACACGGCUCCUUUUUCUGGGGCUACAUUGUCACCCAGAUUCCCGGAGGAUUUAUCUGUCAAAAAUUCGCAGCCAACAGGGUUUUCGGCUUUGCCAUUGUCGCUACAUCAACUCUAAACAUGCUGAUCCCCUCGGCUGCCCGAGUCCAUUAUGGCUGUGUCAUCUUCGUGAGGAUCCUGCAGGGGUUGGUAGAGGGGGUCACGUACCCUGCCUGCCACGGCAUCUGGAGCAAAUGGGCCCCUCCCUUAGAGCGGAGUCGCUUGGCAACAACAGCCUUUUGCGGUUCCUAUGCUGGGGCGGUGGUCGCGAUGCCUCUCGCUGGGGUCCUGGUGCAGUACUCAGGAUGGAGUUCUGUGUUCUACGUCUACGGCAGCUUCGGGAUCUUUUGGUACCUGUUCUGGCUGCUCGUCUCCUAUGAGUCCCCAGCUCUGCACCCCAGCAUUUCGGAAGAGGAGCGAAAGUACAUCGAGGACGCCAUCGGCGAGAGCGCCAAACUCAUGAACCCGGUCACGAAAUUUAACACACCUUGGCGGCGCUUCUUCACGUCCAUGCCAGUCUAUGCCAUCAUCGUGGCCAACUUCUGCCGCAGCUGGACGUUCUACUUGCUCCUUAUCUCCCAGCCCGCCUACUUCGAAGAGGUGUUCGGCUUCGAGAUCAGCAAGGUGGGCUUGGUGUCAGCGUUGCCCCACUUGGUCAUGACCAUCAUCGUGCCCAUCGGCGGCCAGAUCGCGGACUUCCUGAGGAGCCGCCGAAUCAUGUCCACCACUAACGUGCGCAAGUUGAUGAACUGUGGAGGCUUCGGCAUGGAAGCCACGCUGCUGCUGGUGGUCGGCUACUCGCACUCCAAGGGAGUGGCCAUCUCCUUCCUGGUCCUCGCGGUGGGCUUCAGCGGCUUCGCCAUUUCUGGGUUCAACGUGAACCACCUGGACAUCGCCCCGCGCUACGCCAGCAUCCUCAUGGGCAUCUCCAACGGCGUGGGCACGUUGUCAGGCAUGGUGUGCCCCAUCAUCGUGGGUGCCAUGACUAAGCACAAGACUCGCGAGGAGUGGCAGUAUGUAUUUCUAAUUGCCUCCCUGGUGCACUACGGGGGUGUCAUCUUCUACGGGGUCUUCGCUUCUGGGGAGAAGCAGCCGUGGGCGGAGCCUGAGGAGAUGAGCGAAGAGAAGUGUGGCUUCGUUGGCCAUGACCAGCUGGCUGGCAGCGAUGAAAGCGAAAUGGAGGAUGACGCUGAGCCCCCUGGGGCUCCUCCCGCCCCCCCGCCUUCCUAUGGGGCCACACACAGCACAUUUCAGCCCCCAAGACCCCCGCCCCCUGUCCGGGACUACUGACCAUGUGCCUCCCACUGAAUGGCAGUUUCCGGGACCUCCAUUCCACACAUCACUGGCCUGAGUGACUGUCAAGGAACCCCAGUUCUCUCUGUCCUGCUGCAGGCCUAAGAAGCAUUCACCCUCUUCCCCAGUGCGGUCAAGUCCUCGUCCCCUCCCAAUCGCGCCUCUCCACUUGUUCUGCCUCAGUGGUUUCAAAUCUCUCCUUUCAGGGCUCUAUUUGAAUGGACAGUUCAAUCUUUUACUUUCUCUUGUGGUUUUGAGGCACCCUACCCCGGCCCUUUCCUUUAACCCUCCCCCCCCACUCUGGGGCUAACCCCCCACCCCCACCCCCAGACUACUCAGCCUUCCUUGCCUUUCAGAAACAUUCAAGGUCUUCCUCUAGAAGUUACAAACCUCUCCCCAUUCCAUUUUGCAUUUUCCAGGUUGGAUUAACCAAUCGCCCAUCCCCGCCAUUCUAAGGAUCGAUUCUCACCAGCGUUUCUGAGGGAGAAUGGCGGUUUCAAACCCCCUCCCCACUCCCCGCAACCCUCUCCCUUCACCAGCAGGUUCUGCUGAAGCACCAAAUUCCCCAAGACCUUCUCCCUAGCUUAGCACAAUGUCUAGGGAAGCAAGAUGACAGUUUUAACACUAUGCCUCUCUCCACCCCCACGCACUUUUUCUGACAUGUUUUCAGGUCUGAAUAGUGGCUGCUCAAGACCAUCGACUCAAUGGUGUGAAGCCACCAUCACUGAACUUCCCUGUGGUGGUUUGCAGAUGCCCCUCUUCCCCUUAAUUCCUUGCACUUUAUUCUCCUGGGUGGUUUCGAACUACUCUUGUUUUCUCAGUGGCCAUUUGUUGUGUCCCUCAGGGGCUAAACGACUCAAAAUCUGGGAUCCUUCCCUUCUCAGACUCCCCUCUUUCGGCUUAGAAUUUGGGGACCAUAUGCAGGAGGAGUCAUGGAAUCCCGGAAAUGGAAUGGGGCUGGGAGAGAGGGGUGUUUUCCCCUGGAGCAGGGUUGUGUCUUUGUGUCUCCGUCUCUGUGACUGUAAACCCUGCCUCACUCCCAAUAAAAUGCUUUGGUGUACACAA